AUGGCUCGGGCUAUUGUGAUGUGCCCGUUAUUGAGAGCUGGAAUAUUCUGCCUUCAGGCUGUGGUAAAGCCCAAAGUCACGAACUGAGUAAUGAAAUCCCAGAAGAAAACUGAUCACUUGGAGAGACCCUCACCCUUUCCCUCUGUUUUAUCUCCUGCUAAAGUAUGUGGACUUAUCAAAGAAUUGGAAACUGUUCAAAGGCUCCGGUAGCUAAUCAACAAUAAAGAUUUUACUUUCAGAGCUGGCCUAUGCGCUCUGGGUUCUGAAGUGACUGUUUGAGUUGGCAGAAACUUAUUUGAUCCUCAGCCUUCAGAUCCCUCCAUGAACAUAGUGGUGAUAGCUGGUGGAGUGACGAUAGACCCUCUUAAUUCUAUCCUGUUACACCUGACCAAUCUCCAGAGACAUUGGGACAAGAAAAAAAGCAGUUACAAGAUGGGAAAAGUCAGGCUGUUGUACAAUUCAAAAAACACCAGUGAGUUGUUAUUUAAGAAAAGCAUUCUCAAUUUAACAAGUGCAUUUCCUGGGAAAAUCAGGUGUAGUUUCUCUGUCACAGAACAGACUAAAGAAAUCCAGACAACAGAAAUCAGUAAAGAGCUUCAGCCGUAUGUCACUAAGGGGAGGAUCCUUGACACAGAGCUGGAGGAGCAUAUCUUGGAGGACACUCUCUUUUUCUUUUGUGACUCACCCCCCAUAAUAGAAUACUUCUCUCAGCAUCUGGAAGCCUGAAGGCUCCCCAUGGAACACAUCUGUUUUGAGAAGUGA